AUGAGAGAGGAGGAGGGAGCACAACCAGGGAUGGGAGCAAAACCAGGGAUGGGAGCACAACCAGGGAUGGGAGCACAACCAGGGAUGGGAGCACAACCAGGGAUGGGAGCACAACCAGGGAUGGGAGCACAACCAGGGAUGGGAGCACAACCAGGGAUGGGAUCACAACCAGGGAUGGGAGCACAACCAGGGAUGGGAGCACAACCAGGGAUGGGAGCACAACCAGGGAUGGGAGCACAACCAGGGAUGGGAGCACAACCAGGGAUGGGAGCACAACCAGGGAUGGGAGCACAACCAGGGAUGGGAGCACAACCAGGGAUGGGAGCACAACCAGGGAUGGGAGCACAACCAGGGAUGGGAGCACAACCAGGGAUGGGAGCACAACCAGGGAUGGGAGCACAACCAGGGAUGGGAGCACAACCAGGGAUGGGAGCACAACCAGGGAUGGGAGCACAACCAAGCGCAUUGACGCCAGGCGCAUUGGCGCCAGGCGCAUUGGCGCCAAGCGCAGGCAUUGACGCCCGGCGCAUUAGCGCCAAGCGCAUUGACGCCAGGCGCAUUGGCGCCAUGCGCAUUGGCGCCAUGCGCAUUGGCGCCAAGCGCAUUGACGCCAGUCGCAUUAGCGCCAAGCGCAUUGACGCCAGGCGCAUUGGCGCCAUGCGCAUUGGCGCCAAGCGCACGCAGUGGCACCAGGGCAUUGACGCCCGGCGCAUUAGCGCCAAGCGCAUUGACGCCAGGCGCAUUGGCGCCAUGCGCAUUGGCGCCAAGCGCAUUGACGCCAGUCGCAUUAGCGCCAAGCGCAUUGACGCCAGGCGCAUUGGCGCCAAGCGCAGUGGCGCCAAGCGCAUUGGCGCCAAGCGCAGUGGCACCAGGCGCACUGACGCCCGGCGCAUUAGCGCCAAGGGCAUUGGCGCCAGGCGCAUUAGCGCCAACGGUAUUGGCGCCAAGCGCAUUGGCGCCAUGCGCAUUGGCGCCAAGCGCAUUAGCGCCAACGGUAUUGGCGCCAUGCGCAUUGGCGCCGAGCGGCGCAUUGGCGCCAAGCGCAGUGGCGCCAGGCGCGUUGGCGCCAAGCGCGGUGACGCCAGGCGCAUUGGCGCCAAACGCAGUGGCGCCAAGGUCGCUGGCGCGACGGGCAUUGGCGCUACAGGUUUUGACCCUAAGUCUCUCGCUCCUAUGGCGUCACGGUCGGGCGGACCCCUUCCCGGCAGGCACUGCAGCGUUCUGCUUCUUGUGCGCCCUGGCGACCUGCUUUUGCCCGACGAGGAGGAGCCCGGGACCUUCUGCCGCCACCUCGACCCCAAGACUUCCUCCAAGCUGCACGAGAAGGAGGCGGCCAGCUUUUUGAGCUUUUUCGGCGAAGCCGCGAAGGCGCAGUUGAACAAUCCGGGAAGGGUGUGGAAGGACAAGGCUCCAUCCGCCGAAGUCAUCUCCGCACGUGUGAAGAGUAUUGCGGCCCCCAUCCGAGAUAAAUUGGCCGACUUCCUCAGGGAGGAGGCCCCCGGCACGGGGCUACUGUCGGCGAUCGCGUUCGCGUGGUCGUUGGGCCAUCUGGACGCCGUGCAUCGCAGCUACGAUCCGCUCGUCGUCGAGAACCCGAAGCUGGUCGGCCUCAAGGCGCUCCGACUGGAGCUGUUGGACUGCGUGGAGAAGGCCGCGCUGAGCAGACGGGAGGCGUCGUCCGUGGGUCGUGGCGUGGGAACCGGCAUCGCUCUGGGUGGGGAGGCCGAGGAGGCUGCGGCGGGGUCGCACUCGGUCGGGCACGGGUUCAAAGAUGGCGGCGAAGAGGAGCAAGAGGAGGAGGACCAAGAGGGGGGCGGGGAUGAGGUUGGUGGCUUGGACGAGGAGGAGGAGGACGAGGAGAGUGAGGACGCCGACGAGGAGGCAGUGCAGUUUGCCAGUGAGAAGGUUGCGGAUAAGAGCGGUGCGAAGGUUGCGGAUAAGAGCGGUGGAAGCGGACCCAAGUCGGGCAAGAAGGCGCGGGGGAGCGGUGGCUCGACCACGACCUGGAUGGCGUCAAAGGCGGUCAUGGAGCGUCUGAAGGCGGCGGAGCGGGAGAACAAGAGGCUGAGGGAGGAGAAGCUGGUGGCGGAGAAGAGGCUGGAGAACCAGAUGGUGCGGAUGGACACGCUCCACUCCUCGGUUUCGGCGGCGGUCCACAAGCUGGGGGCGGUCGCCGACCGCGUGACCGCUCACGAGCAGACGUCGGGGGCGAGCCUCGAAGGGGCGUUGGAGGCUAUGAAGGCGGUCGUGGAGGAGGCGUGCAGAAACCGCAACUCCAUCAUUGAGCACAUGAACGACAAGUGGCUGCCCACCGUAAAUGCCUUGAACCUGGCAACCGGUGCCUUGAACAAUAGGCGACAUGAAGACGACGUCCUGUUGCUGCGAGGGGUGGCAGAUGCGCUGGGAGAGAAGAUCAAGACGGUCGUGUCUGCCGAGGUCAAGGCCGUCAUGCAGAGCGAGGCGAAGGCGAUCGCCGCGGCCGUGAGUGCGAAAGUCGCCGAAGAGCUUAGGGAGGUCGUGGAGAAGGCGGUCACCUCCGCGACCCAACAGGGGCUUGGAGCCGCCGGGUUUAGCCUCCUCCCAAAUGCUCUCGCGUCGGCGAUGCACGGCGGUCGCUCAACCGCCGAGGAGCAUGGGCCGCCGCCAAGGCACGCCGGGAAAAGGGUCACCGACGAAAAAUCCCUGACCUGCGAGCAGACCAGCGGCAUUAAGCGAAGCAGAGGACCAGCGACGAAGCGCGGUUCGGCCAAGGAACCUCCUGCCGCCCCGUAUUUUCGUAUUCCCGGCGUCAACGACUUGCUGAAAGAGGGUCUUGGCGCGCGUCCGAGCGCCGAUUUUCGACAGGUCGACGACGGGCUCCAGGAUCCAGCUCCGGUGGUCGGGAAGCAGGGUGGGCAGCCCGUGGGGGACCAGCAGAGUUUGGCCGCGACCACUCCGCCGAGCGUACACGACGCGCUACCGAGCGGCGACCAGACGCAUCUGGUGGGCGGUGUCGUGGGAGGGGCAUCCGUGGUCGGGAUGCCGGGCGGGCAGCCACUGCCCGAGGCCAGUCCGGCGAAUGCACAUGGCGCUCCACCGAGCGGCGGCACGACGCAGAUGGCCGGGGAGCUCCUGCACAUAGCAGCGGUGGUCGGCCAGCAGGGCGGGCAGGCCGUUGCGCGCCAGCAUGUUCAACCCUCGACGGGUACGGCGACUGCGAGACCGACCGGCGACACAGUGCAGCUGGCUCUGGCGCCCGCAGCGGUGGUCGGCCAGCAGGGAGGGCAGGCCGCUGCGGGCCAGCAUCCUCACCCCUCGACGAGCACGGCGACGGCUCAAGACGAGCGACCGGGUGCCCGGCUGGCCGACGACGCCGCGGUUGUACGCCAGCAGGGAGGGCAGGCCGCUGCGGGACCGCAUCCUCACCCCUCGAUGAGCUCGGUGACGGCUCAAGAAGCGCGACCGGGUGCCGGGCUGGCCGACGACCUCCUGCGGUCCGCCGCGGUUGUACGCCUGCAGGGAGGGCAGUCCGUUGCGGGCCCGCAUCCUCACCCCUCGACGAGCUCGGCGACGGGUCAAGACGCCCGACCGGGUGCCGGGCUGGCCGACGACCUCCUGCGGUCCGCCGCGGUUGUACGCAAGCAGGGAGGGCCGUCCGCUGCGGGCCAGCAUCCUCCCCCCUCGACGAGCACGGCGACUGCUCCAGACGCGCGACCUGGUGCGGUCAGGGCGCAGCUGGCCGACGACCUCCUGCGGUCGGCGGCGGUGGUCGGCCAGCAGGGAGGGCAGCCCGCUGCGGGCCAGCAUCCUCACCCCUUGACGAGUCCGGCGGGUAGCGCGCGCCCGGGUGGCACGGCGGCUCUCCUGGCCGACGAGCCUUUCCGCCCCGUGCAGCGAGCCACAGGAGUCCUACCCAGCGGCGUGGUCGAGGCUGCCACACCGAUGAUUGUGUCGGCGUCGGCACCAGCGCCUCACCGAGCGGGUACUGCCCACGGGACGCCCGGCGGAGUUGAGACGAAUGUGUCGCUGCCGAACCCGCCUCCGCCCACCACGGUGACUGACGCUGCGGCCAGCUUACCCGGUCAAAAGGCCGGUAUGGUCGGCGUGGAAGCGAUACCAGUGCCCGCGGCUUCACCAGCGGUCGAGGCUCUAAUCAACAGGAAGGGAACGUGGGAGGAGUAUCUGAAAUGGCUCGAGGAUCAGAGUGGCCCAGAAGUUCCUCCGUCGGCGGCUAGGAACCAGGCGGUCGACCCAGGAGCAGAGACAGGGAACGCCACGGCAGCGACUGCAGGGGCGAGCGUCACCACAACGGAGGAGGCGGCUCUUUGGGGACUGAUGGAAGAGGCCGGCGGGGUGGACCCCGCAAUCCUCGCCUCUAUCGUGAUGCCGGACCCUGAGGUCGAGGCCCUUAAGGAUAAAGUGGAAGAAGCAGCCCCGACUGCGGAAGCGCAAAGGGAUACACCGGCCGCCUCGUCUGCACCUGCGGUGGGCCCCAGCGCGACUGGCGCCAAAUCCCCCCCGGCCAAAACCGGUGAGGUCGGCGACGGGAAGCAUAAGCGCAAGGGCAAGGGCAAGGCCGGGACGGCUAAAGCGGCCACGUCGGAGACGAAGGGUCGGAAGGGUUCAGGCGUCCGAGUUGACGAAAAGACGGGGCUGGCCACGUCGGAGAUGAAGUUUGGCAAGAAGAGCCGUUACGUCUGCCGCUAG